AAAAACUAUAAAAUAUAAGUAGGAAACUAACAAAUCCUACUAUUUAUACGGAAUCUACCAUCGUCACUGCCUUUAGUAAUACAGUAUAUAAGCAGUUCCAGAACAAUUGAACAGUGGACAUCGUAGCCUCCGAAAAUAAACCCCCCAAAAAAAGAAAAAGAUGUACUCGAAAAUUCCUUUCCUUCCUCCAAGAAGCCAAACCCAGAAUCUAAAAAGUCAAAUAAAGUUUCGAUUUUGAUGAUGAUGUUGAGAGGUUUUCUUAAUAGUAAUAAUGAUCGUCAGAUAGAUGAGAAUUGGCUUCAGUCACUCUUUCUUUCUUCCUUCGGAAGUUUAAUCACACUCCAUAAAUGCUUUUUGUUUACUUGCUUUUGGGUGCUUCCCAAAUCCUGCAUUUGGGUCUCUGUCGUUUUCGACACGUUCUUCUGGUGAUUUAAAAGAAAAAGGGAAGCUAUGGAUUCAAUUGAUAUGUCAUUGGAUUCUGAUACUGGAGGGGUUUCGGCUGAUCCUGUCCCUAGAAAUUAUCAGUUGGAAGCACUGGAGAAGGCAAUCAAGCAGAACACGGUCGUGUUCUUAGAAACUGGUUCUGGGAAGACAUUGAUUGCAAUAAUGCUCCUACGAAGCUAUGCGUACGCUAUUCGGAAGCCUUCACCUUUCAUUGCUAUUUUUCUGGUCCCUACCGUUGUUUUGGUAAAUCAGCAAGGUGAUGUGGUAAAAAGGCACAGUGACUUGAAAGUGGGAAAGUAUUGGGGAGAUAUGGGCAUUGAUUACUGGGGUGCUGCUACAUGGGAGCAGCAAGUUAAGGAGUACGAGGUGCUUGUGAUGACUCCAGCAAUUUUGCUUUCUGCCUUGAGGCAUGGCUUUUUGAAACUUGACAUAAUCAAAGUUCUCAUCUUUGAUGAAUGCCACAACGCGAGGGGCAAACACCCAUAUGCAUGCAUUAUGAAGGAGUUCUACCAUCUAUACUUGGAGUCUGGUUAUUCAAACCUUCCUCGAAUAUUCGGAAUGACUGCUUCCCCUAUCAAGGCUAAAGGUUCUAGUUCCCCAUCUGUCUGCUGGCAACAGAUUCAUGAACUUGAAAACCUUAUGAACUCAAAGGUCUAUACCUGUGUUAAUGAGUCCGUUAUUGCGGAGCAUGUACCAUUUUCAACACCAAAGCUGAAGCUUUACGUGCACAUAGAUGUACCUUCCGAUCUUCAUCAACAUGUAGCAAGUCAACUGGGAAUGUUAAAGGGAAAGUAUGAAAAUACCGUUCAAAAGUCGAGCUUCUCAAAAUCAAUUGCUGAAAGUACAAGGAAAAGGUUGGAUAAGGUUUACUCAACUCUGUUAUUCUGUGUAAACGAGCUUGGUAUUUGGUUGGCUGUUAAGGCGGCAGAAUGCUUUUCUCGUGUAAAAACUGACGUCCUCUCGUGGGAGAGGUUGGAUGGGCGCGGCGAAGCAAUUGUGAAGAAUUUCUCUUCAGAGGCUUCUUCAAUUUUAUCUGAAUGCAUGCCAUCUAGUAAUGUUCCUCUUAAAGGCUUUUAUUUCAACCUUUUAGUGGCAUUCAACUGUUUGUUCCUGAACUUGCUGGUCCCUUUUGCUUUAAACACAGGCCCAGAGUGGUGUAUUGGUUGUGACACAGAUGCAGAUAUCAAUGCAGGCUAUUUAACCUCAAAAGUUAUCUGCCUCUAUGAUUCCCUGCUUGAAUACAGGGAUCAGAAAGAGUUGAGGUGUAUAAUAUUUGUUGAACGAGUUAUUACAGCUAUUGUUCUUCAAGCUCUUCUAAAUGAGUUGCUCCUUAAAAGAUGUGGUUGGAGGGCUGCAUACAUGGCAGGAAAUAACUCCAGUCUGAAGUCACAGAGCAGGAACGAACAACAUCACGUUGUUGAUGAUUUUCGUAAAGGCACGCUACAUAUCAUCGUUGCAACCUCAAUUCUUGAAGAAGGCUUGGAUGUUAAAAGCUGCAACCUCGUUAUCAGAUAUGAUCCUUCAGCUACAGUAUGUAGCUUUAUUCAAUCCCGUGGUCGUGCUCGCAUGCAAAGUUCAGACUUCUUAAUAAUGGUCAAAAGUGGGGACACAUCCACACUUAAUCGUAUUUGCAAUUAUGUCUGUUGUGGAACCAUGAUGCGGGAAGAGAGCCUGAUCCAUGCACUUGUUCCCUGUACACCACUCAACUGUGAAAUGGAUGAGGAGCAUUAUUAUAAAGUUCAAAGUACAGGGGCAUGUGUUAACCUGGCUUCCAGUAUACAACUUCUCCACUUCUACUGCUCCCGGCUUCCCUGUGAUGGGUACUUUAAAUCCUACCCAAGAUAUGUGAUAGAUAAACAAUCAGAGACCUGUACACUCCAUCUACCCAGAAGCUGUCCGUUGAAAAGUUCCAGUGUUGAGGGUGAUAGUAAAGAUUUGAAGCAAUUGGCAUCUUUAAAGGCAUGUGAACAGCUUCACAAGAUUGGAGAGUUAACUGAUAAUCUUGUUCCAAAUGUCGUUGCGGAAGAAAAAGAGGCGGGAGAAUUACGAAGUUAUGAAGCUAAAGAUGACGAGCAAAUGCGUUUUGUCCCACCCGAAUUGGUUGGGAUUGGGGGAAAUAUUUCUGAAGCAGAGUACUUCUGCUACUUGAUUGAACUACUUCCAGAGUUUGAUUAUGAUAUUCAGCCUCAUGAUAUCAUUCUUGCCGUGAAGACAAGGCUUGAAUGCGAUGAAGAGACUUUAAAAUUUGAUGUGGAUGUUGACAAGGGUAGGCUUGUAGUACAAAUGAGAUUUGUUGGAUCCAUCAUAUUGGAAUCAAAAGAGGUUUUCCUUUGUCAGCAAUUUCAAGUGGCAGUUUUAAGGCUUCUUCUUGAUCGCAAUCUGAAGAAGCUAUGUGAAGCAUUAGACAGCUUACAUCAGAACAAGGAAUCUGUUUUCUUUGAUUAUCUUCUUCUCCCUGUUACUGGGACACAACAACAUCGUUCAAUCAAUUGGGAGUACAUAAAGUCAGUGCAACUUCAUCAUGAAGAAAUUUCAAAUCAGCAUUUGGACAGCUGUGUUGCGAAAGGUCUCGGUCAUUUUGUGAACACAAUAAAUGGUUUGGUUUGCCGUUGUAUUCUGGAGACUUGUUUGGUCUGCACACCUCACAAUGGUUUCUUGUACUGCAUCACUGGCACUCUCGACAAUUUAAACGGCAACUCGAUGCUGGAGUUGAGAACUGGAGGAUCUAUUUCUUACACUUCCUAUUUCAGAAAGAAGCAUGGCAUCAACCUGCGUUUUGUGGGGGAGUCCUUACUCCAUGGAAGACGCAUUUUUACUGUACAAAAUUAUGUACACAGAAGUAAAAGUCAGAAGUCUAAAGAAGCAAGUAAACAUUCAGUUGAGUUGCCUCCAGAACUUUGUUCUGUGAUAAUGGCGCCCGUCUCAGCUGCUUCAUUAUAUUCCUUCUCACAUGCUCCGUUGAUAAUGCAUCGCAUUGAGUCCUUCCUGAUAGCUGCCAAUCUAAAAAGAUUUCAUGUGGACCAGUACACAAAGAAUGCUGUGAUUCCUACCUUGAAGGUUUUGGAGGCAAUCACUACUAAGAAAUGCCUAGAGAAAUUUCAUCUAGAGUCAUUAGAAACCCUUGGUGACUCAUUUCUAAAAUAUGCUAUUAGUCAGCAACUAUUCAAGACACUUCGAAUUCACCACGAGGGUCUUCUUAGUAUCAAGAGAGAGAAAAUCAUCAGCAAUGCUUCGCUAUGCAAGCUUGGUUGUGACCAGAAAAUUUCAGGUUUUAUUCGCAAUGAACCAUUUGAUCCCAAAUUAUGGAUCAUACCUGGUGAUAGCUCCGGAAGUUGCAAACUAGAGAAGGAAAUGCUAUCAGCGAAAAGAAUGGUUUACGUACAACAGAAAAGGUCGAUGAAAAACAAGAGGGUGGCUGAUGCAGUUGAGGCCCUUAUAGGUGCAUUCCUCAGCACUGGUGGUGAAACCGCAGCAUUGCUAUUUAUGAAAUGGCUUGGAAUUGAAGUCGACUUCAGUUAUGUUCCUUAUUCAAUGCCCCUCCAAGUAAGUCCAGAGAAGUUAGUCAACGUGCAUCAUCUGGAGGCCCUGUUGAACUACAAAUUCCGGGAUGCUUCCCUCCUUGUUGAAGCACUUACUCAUGGUUCAUACAUGCUCCCUGAAAUUCCAAGAUGCUAUCAGCGUCUUGAAUUUCUUGGGGAUGCUGUGUUGGAUUAUCUCAUCACCACGCACCUAUAUUUCAAACACCCAGCAUUGUCUCCUGGACUCUUAACCGAUCUAAGGUCUGCAUCCGUGAACAAUGAUUGCUAUUCGCAGUCCGCGAUCAAGGCUGGACUACACAAGCACAUUCUACAUGCUUCCCAUGAGCUUCAUCGGCACAUUGCCAAUGCUGUUCACGAAGUUGAGCAAUCAAGUUUGGUCUCAACAUUUGGUUGGGACUCAGAGACAAUGUUCCCUAAGGUUCUUGGGGAUGUAAUCGAGUCUCUUGCCGGAGCAAUACUCGUUGAUUCGGAAUAUAACAAAGAGAUUCUGUUCCAAAGCAUAAAGCCUCUUCUUGAGCCUAUGAUAACUCCUGAGAUGUUGAAGACCCAUCCAGUGAGAGAAUUGGAUGAGUUAUGCAACAAGGAGCGUUACGCAAUGAAGAAGCCUGUGCCUGUACGCUACGAAAAUGGCAACGCAUUAGUCACUGUAGAGGUAGAAGCGAAUGGCAUCACUCAUGAUGUUUCAGCCUCUGCAUCAGACAAGAAAACAGCCAAAAGAUUGGCGUGCAAAGAGAUGUUAAAACUUCUCAAGGAAUGGAAUGGCAAUUCAUCCUAAUAAUAGUAAUUAUACGCAGAAGGAGAUGAGGUUGUGCUUUAAGAGGUAGCAAAUCAAAGGUGGCCAAAUGACGAGUAGCCAACUUUAAUAAGUUCUCUGUACAUAAACUCUCGUCUUGUAAAGUUUCUAAAGCAAUGUUGCUCUAAAUAAUACUCUCUCUGUCUCAAAAAUAAAAAUAAAGAGGUCUAAUUUCCGUUCUCAUAGUUUCGAAGCUAUAUAUCUCAGCUUGAUUUAAUGAAGUUGGCUAUUGUCAUACUGUAACGGAG